ACAUAAAAGGAUACAGGUGAGGUCACGGCGGCGGCGGCGGCAGUCAGACACACGCACAGCUGGACAGUGGACGGUCUUGUGUCAACACUCAAGACAAAUAAAGGAAAAAACAUUGGAACGGUUUUCAAUUCCUUCAAUACACAAAAGAGGAACUAGGGUUGCUUCAAGUAUAAAAGAGGACUGCAAGAACAACGACAACAUGUUCACUUGGGUAAAUAAGGAACAGGGUGGAAGGAACAAGGAGGGCGACAUGUUUCAAACAGUGACCGAAGGACUUCAGAGUCUUUACACUAAAAAGCUGCUGCCUCUGGAGGAAACCUACCUCUUCCAUGACUUUCACUCACCGGCGCUGGAGGAGGCGGACUUCCAGAGCAAACCCAUGGUGCUGCUGGUCGGACAGUAUUCCACUGGGAAGACCACUUUCAUAAGGUAUCUUCUGGAGCAGGAUUUUCCAGGGAUGAGAAUUGGCCCCGAACCAACAACAGAUGGAUUCAUUGCUGUGAUGUACAACGAUAAUGAGGGGGUGGUUCCUGGAAAUGCCUUGGUUGUGGACCCCAAGAAACCUUUCCGCAAACUCAAUUCAUUCGGAAAUUCAUUUUUAAACAGGUUUAUCUGUUCACAAAUGCCCAACCAAGUUCUGCAGAGCAUCAGCAUCAUCGACACACCCGGGAUCUUAUCUGGCGAAAAGCAGCGCAUAAGCAGAGGCUAUGAUUUCUCAGAGGUUCUGCGCUGGUUUGGAGAGCGAGUGGACCGCAUCAUUCUCCUUUUCGAUGCCCAUAAGCUAGACAUAUCUGAUGAGUUUUCUGAAGCCAUACGAGCUUUCCGUGGCCAGGAUGACAAAAUCCGUGUGGUGCUGAACAAGGCCGAUCAGGUGGACACUCAGCAGCUGAUGCGGGUUUACGGAGCCCUGAUGUGGUCACUGGGGAAAGUGAUCAACACUCCAGAGGUGGUUAGGGUUUAUCUGGGCUCUUUCUGGGCAAAACCUCUCCAAAAUGCAGAAAACCGGCGCCUGUUCGAAGCCGAAACACAAGAUCUCUUCAGGGAUAUCCAGGGUCUGCCCCGCAACGCUGCCCUGCGCAAGCUGAAUGACCUGAUUAAACGAGCUCGUCUUGCUAAGGUGCAUGCCUACAUCAUCAGCUACCUAAAGAAGGAAAUGCCUUCCCUGUUCGGGAAAGAAAAAAAAAAGGAAGAACUGAUUGCCCAUCUGCCUGAGAUCUACCAGAUACUGCAGAGGGAACACCACAUCUCACCUGGAGACUUCCCUAAUGUCAUUAAAAUGCAGGAGCAACUGCAACACUACGACUUCAGCAAGUUUCCUUCUAUGAAGGUGAAGCUGAUUGAAUCUGUGGACAGAAUGUUGUCCACCAAGAUCUCCUACCUGAUGAACAUGAUCCGAGAGGAAGAAAGCAAACAGCCGCCUCAGAUGGUGAAGGGCGGAGCGUUUGAGGACUCAUCCGAUGGGCCUUUUGGCCACGGUUACGGUGAAGGGGUCAGUGCAGGAGCUGAUACUGAGGACUGGAUCGUGAGUCGCGACAAACAUCGAUACGAUGAAAUCUUCUACACACUGAUGCCUGUCAACGGGAGGGUAACUGGCAUCAACGCCAAGAAGGAGAUGAUGAAUUCCCGCCUGCCCAACACUGUUCUGGGAAAGAUCUGGAAGCUGGCGGAUUGCGAUAAGGACGGGAUGCUGGACGAUGAAGAGUUUGCUCUGGCUCAGCAUCUUAUUAAGAUCAAACUGGAGGGAUUUGAGCUCCCCAUAGAGCUCCCCAAUCACCUAGUGCCUCCAUCACACAGGAAAAACCCCACUGCGGACAUCCUGUACAACCACCAGGAGGACUGAUCACCUUCACAUCACUAUAUUCAUCAGAAAGCUGCUGGCUUUCAAUACUCAAGUCUUAACUCCUUCAUUUAACCCUUUAUAGGGCACUCAUUAAAAAUAAACUGUAGUGUUACUUGGGGUUAUUACAAGACUUUUGAACUUUUAUGACUUACAAAAAUAUUACAAUUGAUGUCAAUGAAGUUACCAUAUAUGGUUCUUCAACUGAUAAAGGGUUAAAGGGAAGACAUUGGUUGAACCACCUUUUGUGUUUGGCGAUACUGUUGACUUAUAAUAGGUGUAAAUGGAAGUGCACUAACACCUUGUGUAUCCACUUCCACAUGACAUAUUUUUUGAAAGACACAAUCAAAUCAAAUGUUUAUUGGCUAAUUUACAGCUUACAGAUGUAUAUAUUUAUGUAGUUACUCCUAAAUUAAUGUUAUUCCAUCGUAUGCUACCAGAUUGUGAAUCUAGAUUGCAGUAACAGUAUAUUUUUUUAUGCAGCGCCUCAACUUAUGUCACGAAUCUUACAUUUCAUAAUAAAUAACAAUUGUGUAAUACAUAACAACAGCCAAAAAACAAAACAAACACUCACACUACGACAGAGGCACUGACAGUCGCAUUCAUCUCACUCAUUCUGACACAGUGUGAAAUAGACUUUUUUUUGGGCGCUGUUUUCACCUGUUAAUCAGAUGCAUUUAGGUCAAUCAGAUCCCAAGUAGAUGAGAGAGAUUCCUGUUUGCACUUGCUGUUGCAGUUUUUUUUGUGCAUAUUUGAUUUACGCUAAAAAAGUAAUCAGCGUUCAGUCUGUUACACCUGUAUUUAAUGUUGUCCACUUGUGAUUGACUUAAACCGCGUCUUAGCAGCAGCAGGAACAGAACCUUUGUGGGCAUUUUUGAUACAGGGAAACUGAAGUAUUCAGCAUUUCAUUACGCAAAUUAAAUUUAGUUUAAUAAUAUUUUAUUCUUUAAAACAUGAGCAACACUUGAGUUUUGCCAAAGUUGUUUGUUGUCUAUAAUAUUUUUGUCUGACUGACUGGAUUGUAAAGAAUAUUUUUUUCUAUACCAACAAGCAUUUAAAGAAAUAUACGUCCAUCUAUAUAAAAAUAAAUAAUAAUCUUGCAAAAAUAUUCAGUAUUCAGAAGAGACACACAUUUCUAAAAUCAUUGGGAUUUGUUUUGAGAAACUGGCAUCCUGUCUGCCAACUAUAUUCUUUGCUUUUUUCUAAAUAAAAAUCCUUAUUUUCUUAAAAAAUAUGUUUUAAUAAAAUAUUUUAGAUACUUAUCUCCUCUCUAUAAAUCUCUAUUCACACACACUCUCACACACACGCACGCACACACGCACACACACACGCACGCACGCACGCACGCACGCACACACGCACACACGCACGCACGCACACACACACACACACACACACACACACAAAAUAAAUAGUGUUUAUAUUUCUGUGCAAAAAAACAAUUCAAUUGUAUAAUGAAAUCAGUUUUCAUUAUGAACUCUUAUGCUGUAAAUACAUUAAUAUUGAUGAAUGUUAAACACUGUGUCAGUUAUAACCAUAUGUGCAUUUUAACUAAUAUAUGCAGAUUGUUUUUGUCAUCUCUGAUGUAAAUUACGUGUAACUCUUUGACACAAGGUCAGCUCUAAUGGCUCGUCAACAUUAAAGAUCGUUGGUGUUUUUAUGUUUGUGUGAAAUUAGGAUCACUGUAAAAAGUGAUUGCAGCCGUUUUGUUAAAGUUUUCAAGACACUUAAGUGCAUUAAUAUAGUUGUUUGAUGGUGCUUUCUAUACUUUAAUGAGCCUUUGACGUAUACAUCACCUGCAGCCAUCUGUUAAUGUAUAAAUCAUUGUAAAAAAGAUGAGAAUUUUAUACAGCCCUUUAAAGGAAAUGAGGAAAUGUAAUAAAGUUUCUGUUAUAAAUCAGAA